AUGUUUUCCAAGAAAGAACACGCAUUUGAAAAUACAAAUGGGACUGGUGCUCUUAAUCACGUUUGUCAAGCUGACAGCCGAAAAUUUAACCGAUCGCAUGACGAACCAUGUUUGCCGAAGAGACUGCUGUCUUCCGUGCCCAAUUCAGAGUGGCGGAAGCAGAGAUGUGAACAACCUUUGACCUGGCAGGGGGGUAUGAAAGAGAUCACGCGUAAAGAACAGGUGGUGUCGAUGAUACUCACCUUCCAGGAUGAGGAUCGCGUGAUCCCCACUGCGCCUGAGUGGCGGAAGCAGAGAUGUGAACAACCUUUGACCUGGCAGGGGGGUAUGAAAGAGAUCACGCGUAAAGAACAGGUGGUGUCGAUGAUACUCACCUUCCAGGAUGAGGAUCGCGUGAUCCCCACUGCGCCUGGUUGGAGACGCUGCAAGACAUGA